UCUCAUAGUCAUUGUAUAUUCAGCUACUUUGAAUACGCACCAAGCAUCAUGACUACCUUCGCUUUCCUCCUCCUCUGCGUUCAAGCUUGCUUGGUUCAGAAUGUGUACAGCCAGUGUCUGCGUGGUGCCGUUGCUGGACCUAUUGGGUGGGAAGCUGGAGUAGCUGGCUGCGGCUGGGGUCCCGGCGUUGCUGGCUUAGGCUGGGAAGGUGGAUUAGCCGGUCCCGUUGGGUGCGGUUGGGGUGUCGGCCUUGGUGGUCUAGGCUGGGAAGGCGGUUUAGCUGGACCCGUUGGCUUGGGUUGGGGUGCCGGUCUUGGUGGUUUAGGCUGGGAGGCCGGUCUUGGUAGUUUAGGCUGGGAAGCCGGUCUUGCUGGUCCCGGUGCUUGGGGCUGGGGUGCCUAUGGAGGUGCCGGUGUUGGUGAUGUAGCAGUUGCCGGUGAAAUGGGCGUCGCUGGUUCCACACUAAUCGCUGGUCAAGUGCCAAUCCUUGGUGCUGUCGAAUUCGGAGGUGUCGUGCCAGCUGCUGGAGCUGUGUCCAUCGCCGGUAGUUGCGGCUGCGGCUGCAACGGUGGUUACAUUUACUGAGCAAAAAUUGUAAUUAAAACCUUUUCCUGACCAAAUAAAUUAUAUUAUUGGAACUC